GGCCAAUGAUCACAACUCCCGUGCCACCAACUUUGCUCGAUUCUAUUCUGUCGCAGAAGACCGUGGCAUUACGUUCGAGGAAGCGAUCGCGCGGACGAAGGACAAGAAGCGCGGCCCGCUCUUGUCGCAACCCAUCGUCAACAACCUCAUGCCUGAGGACGUCCGGCCCGACCAGACGUGGCUGGGCAACCUUCCGAUGAUCCCCGCUGAAAGUUCAACCCAGCUCGCUCAGUGGGUGGACUUCGUGCGCCCCUACCAGGGCCCGCACCCGUGCGUAGAGGAGGACCAGCCUGAACAAAGGAUGACAAAGAUGAAGGAGCCAGGGAGAAUUGCCACGUCCAGCUGCUACGAGAACCACACUGACAAUCUGAAGCCUGCCAACAAGAGCGACCUGCCCUACACGAUGCAAACGUUCAUCACGAAGAAUCCGGACAACACGCGCAGCCUGCUCAAGCUAUUCACGAUGGAGAAGGACAAUAAGAUCAAGCACAGCGAUGCGUUUCAGAUGUGUCACGGGUCGAUGUACAAGGUGGACUACGGCAAGCACUUCAGGGAUGGAUCCAGGGCGCUGCAGUAUCAACUUGAACGGUUGCCAGGCCUCCAGGUGAUAUACGAUGCGGUUGUGGACUCGAGCGUUCCAAAGCGGGCCACGGAUGUGGACUCGAAACGCAAGGGCUUCGACUACAUCAAGGAGCACGGGCCGAAGAGCAACAUGGACAACGUGGCCGUGGAGUUCGCAGAGAUGGCCUGCGAUGGCCCCGAAACGCCGAUCUACGAGUGGCCGAAGACACUCGUGGAACCUUCGUGCUUCAACCACGGGAAGUCCGCAGCUGCCGCCCGCAAGCAGUCGUUCAAGCACCUCACGCUCCGGGAAGUGAAGUCUUUCAUUUUCCUUGGCGAAUCUGGCUUCGGGAAGAGCCCGCUGGCAAAGGUGCUGGCCAUGCUGUUGUCCAUGUGGCACAUCGAGAACGAUGACACGAACGAGGAGCAUG